AUGGCAGGGGUGAGGGAUGCCCUGGCUGACAGAGGCAAGCACCUCAGACGAAUGAAGGACAUAGAUCUGCUCCGCCUCAAGCUCCUGUUAAUGAAGAGGAGUCACUACAUGCAGGCAUGGAAACGUGGAAUCACGAUUAUUACCGCGGGCAGCGUUAAGGUUUCCCCAAUCGACAGGUUCCGACUCGUAGACGGCUACAAUCUCGAGAUCCGUGACGUCCAGACACAAGACGCUGGUGACUAUGUUUGCCAAAUAGCAACGCUCCAACCUCAAGAGAUCACGCACACGUUGGAAAUUUUGGGGUUGUCGUUCACUGGCUUAUCCAGGUAUUGUCGCCCUCUGGGAGUUCUAACAUUUCGGCCAAGACAUCCCCGAAGACCCUCCAGAUUUACAUCCCGUCGAGGAAGUGGCACAGAUAUGGAAAUCGCCAAGUGCCCUGGGGAUAUCUAUCCGCCCCUGUGGAAGACAGCACUGAUGGAGUAG